ACGACAAACCAUUUUGAAGCUAGCCUGUGAUGUUGGAUAUAAAAAGGCAGUAGCAUACGCCAGGAAAAUGUUUUACCUUUGGAAAGACGAGGGGAUUACCCUGCCCAGUGACUACUCCUCAGUGAUCUAUAUGGUUGGGGUGAGGGAGGGAGGGGUGGAGGAGUGGGACUACGUCUGGAACAAGUCACAGUCCACUAACGUGGCAGUAGAGAGGGAGAUGUUGAUGGAAGCACUAGGACAGUCCCAGAAACCUUGGCUACUCUGGAGGUAUGCCAACUGGAUCUUUGAUUCUUCGAGGAUUAGAAUGCAGGAUGUGCGCCUCGUUAUAAGUUAUCUGUCAAAGCGCCCUCUGGGAAGGAUGAUCACUCUUCACUUACUGAUGACAAAGUGGGACAGAUUAAAUGACCAAUUUGGAUUUGACAAUUUUCUACUGAGAGAGACAAUUGCUGAAGUUACACAGUUUGUUAACUCAGAGUUUGAAUAUAAUCAGUUGGCAACCUUAUUUAAAGAUAAACCUCCCAAGGUGGCAAAAAAGCAAACCCAGACUUCAUUAGCUCUUAUUAGGGCGAACAUUAACUGGAUGAAUGAAAACUAUGACAUCAUCACUGAAUGGUUACGUAAUCAUGUGGUUGGAAUGUUAUGAUAGCUUCUAAUAUAGUUGAUUUACUGUGUUAACUAACUGCUUAAAAAAUGCCAAAUCAUAUGAAGAACAUUUUGCAAUAGUUAUAUGUGACAUCAUAUUUUAUAAAACUGGAUGUCAAAUUUUAUCCUGCGUGCUAAUUUGUAUGUAAAAACAAAAUUAAAAUUUUGAGUUGUACAAGUUUUAAAUUUUGAAAUAGGAAAUCAGUAAAAUGGAAAAAAUACCUUUAUUAAAUUGAAGUGAAGUUUAUGAGAUUGCUCGAUUUGGUUAUGUUGAAGUAUUGUGUAAUGAUGUGUAACUUUACAUAUAAGACAUCAUAUAUUGUACAUAUAAAAGAUGAGAAUUUUGUUUGUGAAUACUUUGUAAAGGGUGUCGUGGUCAUAUUUGUCGUAUAUAACGUUUAAAAUGUAUAUUUUUCAUAACGUAAAUAUUGAUUUUUUCGUUCAUUUUCUUUAAUAUCUAUGUAUUUACGUAACAUAAAAUGUAUUUAUUGUAUAUUAAUAUGUAUUAUGUAUUUAUUUUAUAUAAAAUAUAUGUUUUUCUAUUAUAUAUAAUAUGUUUGAGAGAUAAAUUAAGGAAGAACAGACAAAUAUUAAAAAUAUAAUAUAAUUC